AGAAUAUGAUCGAAGAGUUCCUGGAAGAAACAAAACAAACUGCAGCUUGGCAGCGGACGGGGCUGUCGCUGCAUGUCACUCUCUCAAGCGAGUCGAAAUUUGAUUUCUUACUAUGUGAACAGCAGCGGGGAAAACCGAGAGCUACUGUUGAAAACAUAACUGAGCAGAAACACCGCGUAACGGGUGAAUGGCUCGGCGUUAGCGUAGCUUAGCCUUUGUGGAUCACAAUGGUUUCGUUUUCCCCAAAAUGUGCUGUCUGAAUAGUUUGUUUACGUUAAGACGUCUGCUAGCUUUGAUAUCCUCCGCCGAUGAAUCCUGUCAACUGAAUAUAGAAGUGUGUUUUGUUUACAGCCGGUGACGGUGUUUAUCUUGUCAGCACAGCCUGGGCUGCUUAUCGCAAGAAAUACUUCGCUAUCUGUUCCAGCUAAUGGUCGGCUGUUGUUUGGUAUGUCCAGCUCACCUAUGAUGACUGUUCGUUUUCAGCUGAUCAGCAGUUUUCAGUUGAUCGGCAUAAUUUUCACGAGGAAACUCCUCAGUCAGCUGUAUGUCAGCGUGAUCUGAGCUGUGGAAACAGCUGAUGCGAGCAGACACUAAAAAUGGAGGCUGUAAGACCAAAGAAGAACAAAGCCAAGACCAGCGGAAAAUCUCAGCUGGUAAGGAAGCAGAAGCCGGCAGAGGAGGACAAAAGAGCCCUGGCUCCCUCAGCUGUAUCUGAGGCCUCCACUUCUGACUUCACUGAGAUCCCCCUGAGUCUACCCUAUCAGGAAAAGGAGGAGGAGCAUGAGCAAGACACUGUUCAGACUCCUGAGGCCACAGUGCAGUCAUCAGACCUGCCUUCUGAUAAUCAACAGACCGAAAAGCCCACAUCAGUGCUAAGUAAGACUUUACAGCCAAGUCUGACCUCGUCAACAGUGACAUCACAAGGUAUUGUGCAGGAGUCAAAAAAGGAGGAAGAGGAGGCUGGUGGGGAGAAAGUUCAGGGGGCUGGGCUUAAAACUGUGCCACAAAGCACUGAGCUAGAAAAAGAUACAAAGUCAUGGAAUCAGCCAUGUGUUUUAACUCAGUUUGAAACCACAAAUCUCCCAAGUGCUCCUGCACUGUAUCCAUCUCUUCCUACACUGGAAGAAGGUCCAGUGAUACAGCUCCAUGAGGAAGCUGUGGACACCUGUGGAAAGGAACCUGCCGUGUUGGCACUUCCUGAUCAGGAAUCUUCUCCUCCAAGUUUGCGGCCUCUGGAGUCCGUUGCUGAACUUUCUCGGAGCAAACUCUACCCUGAAUUACCCAAAACAACUUCAGAGGUUCAGCCAUUCACACUGGAGCAGCUGAGUGUCUGGGAGCCAGGUGAAGGGUUGCGAGCAUGGCUGGAGGGGGUUGAGGUUUGUGCAGCCCAGUUCUGUGCUCUGGCCCGGCAGGAGAAACACGAACUGACCGAAUUGUUGCAGAACUACUGGCGCUGCCGCAGACAGCUGACCCAGUCGCACACACAGCUGCACACACAGUCGUCAGAGUGCAAGAGCACACAGAAUCGUUUGUGGAGCUUCAGAGAUGAACAGCUCACACUCCAGGGUGUGUGUGCAGACCAGACAAAGGUAUGUGGAUACCAUCGCUUCCAGCAGGCAGAGUUUAGUGAGAGUGUGCUGGCGGAGCUAAGAAGACUGUUUGAAGCUUGCAGUGAGCUGCUCCAUCAGAAGGUUGUCCUGCAUGCGUAUACUGCUCUGCUGUCACGCCUGCAGGUGGAAUCAUACUUAUACAGUCUUAUAAAAGAUUGCUCGGGCAGCCAAACACAGCCGUGUUCUCUCCAACCUCUGAAAGAGGCCAUCAGCGUCCUGUUUAGUUUCACACGAAGAGUCCUUGAUGACACACAAUUCCAGUCAGACAUCCAUCACUGGCUGGAGAGAUUGGUCGCCGUCCUGCUGCAUGUUGGAGGAUCAGGAGAGCACCUGUACCUACUGUGCCAUCUUCUGUGCUGUCCUGCUGGGGUGGGCAAGUGGGCUGCACACUUCCUUCAGAUUCAAGUUUGGGGGAACACCGCUGGAGUGCAGCACUUUAUGCAAGCUCUAGCCAUCCUAAUGUCACCUGCCAGACAUCGUGCAGAGUUCCUGGGCCAUAUGAAGCCAUGUGAGACCCAGAGCUCAGCAGCUUCUGGACCUGAGUCAGGCAACUGGACCUUAGUGGAUGAAGGUGGAGAGGAGGAUGAGGACCCAGAAAGUAGCUGGUUGCUGCUCUGUGAGGAAGAUCUGAUCUCCAUGCUAACCCAGUUCCCCUUCCAGCAGCUCUACUCACACAUGCUUGGGAUGAGCAAGCAGGGUGUGUAUGAGCCCCAGGCCUGCUCCAGUCAGAAGAUGAUGCGGGUGUUUGCUUUUGCUUCCUCACUCAUUGAAAUUCUCGCUCUUGGCCUGCAAACCUUUGACAGAUCCCGAUACAGACAACUAGUCAAACGAAUAGGACACAUCAUAAGAAUGACAGUUUGCUAUGUCAGUGAUCACUGGGCCCAGUACGUGAGUGUGACCGAUGCUGGUGGAUCUUGCUCACAAGUGCACUCUCUGUCUUUGGACAAAUUGCAGCUGGAAUAUGAUCAUCUUUUUCUUCGAGCUGUUUUACAUGUACUGAGAAACAAAAGGUUGGGCAUUUGGUUGUUCAUGUCUGAGAUGCCAUAUGGGACUUUGUCCAGCUCCAUGCUGUGGAAGAUCCUUUAUGUUAUGCAGAGUGCAGAGACUGCAGGGCUAGAAACACUCAGCACUGCCAGUGACACAUACUCUUGCAUUCAAGCUCUCAGAGACACAAACCACCAGGAGAGUUUUGAGCAAUGGCUGUGUGAGGUGAACAGCUCUGACGGCAUCUCCCUCCUCACUGCAUUAGCACAAAUGGCAACACCCACUCAGCACUCUGACCCAGCAUUUAUCACUACUAUAACUCUGCUGAUUUACCAGGUCUCUUACGUGAGUGUGUCCACCAGAGAAACCUACUCCAAGGUGGGAAGGGAGUUGCUGGCUGCGAUAGCAGCAACCCACCCAUAUGUUAUCUCGGUGCUCCUCGAGAGACUGAGGGAGACCAUACAGGCUGUGGGAAUGGUGGCUCUGUACUUGUGUAAAGAGCUGCCUCUGAGUCUUUGGCAGCCACAGCCAGAAGAAAUAUGUGUGAUUGGAGCGUGGCUGCUCCAGCAUCCUCUGUCAGCUGUGGAGAACCGGUUGGCCUGUGUCAUCCUCGAGGGUCUGAACUGGGGUUACACUCAGGAUGGCUCUUUGUUCCUGCCUUCAUUUCUCCACAGAGAGGUGGCAUUGCUGGUGGCAGAAGCCUAUCAGAAGUACCUUACAGACAAACCAUACAGUGGCCUCAUAUCAGAGGGAAUCAAACAGGUGUCUUACCUUGCCAGUGUCCUUCGUUUGGGCGUUUCUCCUGAAGCAUCCUUUAGUCAGUGGGCAUGGCAGCUGUUGCUGAGGCUGAAGCUCCAUGGCAAUUCUCAGAACCCUAAAGGAGCCUGGGCGGGCCUUGCUUUGGCAUCCAACCCACCUCCAGAGCUCACACACUCUCCUAGCAUGCACUCUGUUCUGAGGGCUGUAAAAGCAGGCAUCCCUAUUGGAUGCUACCUGUCCAUUGCAAUGACAACAGUGGGACAUAGUCUGGAACAUUUCUGUACUGAUGGAGUUGGGUUGUUGAAAAGUCUGAUUCAGUCUCGCCACCUGAGAGCUGCUGUGCAUCUGCUGGAUAACAUCCUACCCCCAACCUAUCCUCUUAGCUACUACCUGCUCAAUAACGCUCAGUUUGUAAGCUGUAUCCAGUUGUUCUUGCAGUACGACAGUGUGUGUCCUCAGGGCGUGACGCAGCAGGUCACGCAUCGAGUGGCACCACUCCUCACUGGAACCACAUAUGGAGACAAUAUCCGCCUGCUGAACAGUGUCAUUCAGAGUCAUGUGGUGGAAAGUUUGAAGCCAGACCGUGUCGGAGCUGCAGCAGUUCUGGAGUUUUGGGUGGGAAUUCUGACUCAGCAGAACUUGUGGUACAGAGACAAAACGGUCCUGUUCCUCAUGGAUCAGAUCUGCUGUGCUGCUUUCACUUACCACCAGGAGGAAUGUGUGCAGAAACUCCUGUACCAGCAACAUAAGAGUGCCUUGGGUUAUCAUGGAGACCGGGGUCUGCUUUCUUCUCUGGUUGGCUGGAUUGCUGGAAAUUCCACACCCUCCUUCAUAGAGGGCCCAUCCUUGAGUGCUGAGAUUUGGUUUGCCUGGUUGGUGCUGAAUAUGGAAGGUGUGUUUGAGGAAGAUUCUCAGCUGAGACGCUGUGUUGAGCAAGAACUCCUGUCAGAGCCCAAUAUCUCCCCCGAACAAGCCUUAAAGAAGGCCCAACAGAGGCUUAAGCUGCCAGUAGCCCCAUCUCUGCAGAGGCUGCAAGUGUAUCGCUGGGCGUGCCAGGCCGUAGCUACACCACCUGACCACCCCCUCCUUCCCCUCAUCUGGCAGAAGUUCCUGCAACUCUACCUUAGACAGCCUGGACCUGAGUAUGGGCUGGCUGCAGGGGGCUGUAUCGGCAGAAGGUUCUUCCAGGUCUCUUCUCAGGCUGCUUUACUCCGAGAUCUGAGGCAGAGAAUACAGGAAGUAUCUGACUUCCAUCAUGCUGCCAGCCAAGCCCUCCGGGUACUCCCACCAAACACACCCUCAUCAGGCCAGGGUGACGAAACCCCCAAUAAUCCUGGACCACCUUACCUCACCUCUCCUCAGCUACAUACAGAGCUGGUUAGGUUGUUUGGGGUAUUUGCUGUGUGGUUGGAUGAUGAGACUCUGCAGAAGCAGGAAGUGUAUCUUCCCUCUCUUCCUCCAGAGUAUGAACCACACAGACUGGCACAGGUCAUGCAGCGGCAUCAGGAACUUUGGCUGGAGUAUGUGGACCGGGAGCGUCUGCAGUAUGAUGAGAGGGAAGUUUUGUCUCUUUGGGAGAAGAUGCAGAGUGAGCCACCUUUCCUCCAGACCCAAACCUCUGGCUUCACUGACUACACAAGCCUCAGCAAUGCGAGGGAGCGUAUCCUCUCCAACCUACAGAAGCAUCCAGUUCCCCGUCCAGCUCCUGAGCUUCAUCAGCUAAAGGCACCAGUUGCUGAGGUGCCUACUGCCUGUCUCACUAACUGUACAGCUGCUUCUGAACUGUUACAGCAGGACCUCAGUAUUUUGCAAAAUCAGGCCAGGAUUGCAGUGGCACGUGAAGCCCAGCAGGUGGCAAUGGAGCAGGAGCUGCUGGAGAGCCUUCCUUUACUGUUUAAGAACCGGCCAGAGCAAGUCACCAUGGCCCUGGAGUGUAAAGGGAAGGGAGGACAGCCGUGCCAGGGAGCCGCAAACAUCACUGUCACAUGUGAGCAUGUCCAGAAGCAGGAGGCAGUGCAGACUCAGAUAACAUCACUGCGCAGGGACAUCAAGAAGCUUCAAACUGAUGCUAUGUCUCCUCCACCUGAAAGCCUGGCUCAAGCUGCCGUUCACACUGAAAACUUCAUCACGGCUCUGGUGAAUAUGCACAAAGCACAGAAAUCUGUAGCGGUCCAGAAAGUUGGUGUGUCGGCUUUUUACGAGGUGGUCUCCUUCGUAUGUGAGGACACACUCCGACACCCCCCUACACGCCAGUACCUGUCUUCAUGUGUGGAGGUACUGGGACAGGUGUUUAUCCAAGGAAAUACAGAGGAGUGUGGCCGUGUCCUGAAGACUAUCCUAGAGCAGAGGCGACUUUGCCCUCUCAUUUCCCCCUUCUUCACUCCCAACGCAGCGCCCAAUCAGCUCGUGUUUCUCUACCAGGAUGUUGUGACAUCCCUGCACCUCGACAGCGCUGAUGUCAUUUUCAUGCUUCUCACUAAGUUUGAUUUGUCUCAGUGGCUGAAUGAAGCCCAUCCCGUGUUUUCGGAGAGGACCCGUUUGCUGGAGUUGGUCCACGGAGCUCUCUGCGUCUGUGGCCGAGAUCCAGAGCCUGAACUUCUCACGCCUUUUCACCUUUUCACCAAACACUGGACCUGCCUUUUACGCCACCACUUCCCCGACCAUUACAGCGAUUGCCUACGCCUGCUUAUGACCAGCUCGUCAAACCAGCUGCUCAGUCCAGAGUGCUGGAAAGUGACGCUGCGAGUGCUGGGCUGUUUACCUCCAUCCCGCAGCACAAAGAGCAAAGCUGAGACAGCCGUCUGCACUACUGACGUCCCCAGCCGGGGUGUCGCACCCCCAGCUUCCCCGUACAGAUCCCCCAUCACCCUCUCCCCUCAGCAGGUGGAUGAGACAGUCGAUUGGUUGAGUGACUUUUUUUUGCGAAGUCGUCUCAGUAAGACAGACCUCCGCAGCUUCGGCCUCUACGCUGCCUGGACUUCCUACAUUGAGGAUGUCAUUUCCUUCUGGGACCAUUUGAUCAGUUGUCUAAUCAACGUGCAGCUCAACAGCUGCGCCAGAGAGUCCGUGGGCAGCAGCAAAAUAAUGAAAGCUCUGCAGGACCUACACAGUAAGACUGUGAAGUUAUUUAUGCCAUGGAUCUUUCCUGUGGACACUGGGGAGGGCGGUAAUAUCAAGUGUUACCCCUGGUUGGAGACAGAUGCGAGUGCAGCAGGAUGUAUGGCUGGCCUCUACGUUCAGAUCACUGACCUACUUCAUCACAAGUUCAGAGACCGUCUGCUCCCUGGGCAGAGAGGUGCUCUGUGGCUGUGUAUGAUGCAGUACUGUGACAGCUGUACCUCUCCACGUACACCUGAGUACCUGCUCUACUUGUACCACACACACCUACGGAGCCUGCCCUGGAGACACCUGCACCCUGACACUAAACUCAUGGAGCAGCUCUUCAGUGUGGAGAGAGGAAGUCCCAAGAGCUGCUUCCUGUUUAUGGGAGAAGUGUUAUGUGAGGUUAACUGGGUCAGCGUCCUGAGUGACCACUUACAAUCACCUCCCGGCUCUACGACAUAUCCAGCUCUAUCAGAUAUGGCCACGCAGAAGGAGUCACACACCAUGUUGGUCUAUCUGCUCUACAUGCUAGUUUUCCUGGCAAAGGAGGAACAACUCCUGAGUCAACAGGACUCGCCUCUGCUCAGUCUGUUGGUUCAGUCCACAUCUCUACCCUGGCACCAACUGGACCUGUCCUCGUACCAGAGCAUUCUGGGAUACGUUAGCACCCACUACCCUCCCUCUUUGCUCCUCAGUGCUGAUUCUGCACCUCAGCUCCUGCUGAAAUCACUCCGUAGUGCUGCCGGGCUCCACCCCCGCCCCAGUGAAGCUCCACACCAGGAAGAGACACUGAAGGCGGGAGCCUACAUUCGCUGGUGUGUGCAAUCUCUGGUGACUCUGGAGCAAGGAGGCGGCAUCACCCUCAGCAGCCUGGAGGCUCAACUGGAGACACUUUUGGAGAGCAUCAUAACCUUCAACCCACCAGAGGUGGAUUUGGAGCAGAGGCACAUGGCGUUUUGCAGUCUCUUCAGUGACGCUUUGGCUUUGCUCAACGGUGUGGGUGUCUCAACAGGCGAGGCACUUGCUGCCCAUGUCAUUACCUGGCUGGACAGGAAGGGGAGGGGCUUUCCAACUCUACCCCUUCUCACAGCUUGCUCCCGUUGCCUUGCAUCAGUGCGACACAUGACACGUAUCAUGGAGGCAUGCAUUACAGGGUACUUCAACAAUGCGGAGGAGGAGUCUGUAGGGUGGGGCCCUGUGUUGGCAUCACUGCAGGUGCCUGAGCUCACAGUGGAUGACUUCCUUUCUGAGAGCCAAUCAGGAGGCAGUUUCCUGACGCUCUAUGCCUUCAUUCUGCAGCGCCUCAACAGUGAAUACACAGCAGCCAAUGAGAGGAGGACUCUGGCUCUAAUUAACACAUGGACCAAUCAGGUCUUCCCUAGUGGUCCAGCUGAUGAAGCCAAGCUGUUUCUUUGGUGGCACAAAUCCCUGAAUCUCUCAGCGGAGCAGCUGCAGCCACAGGCAGGCCAGACUGAAGUAUCAGGUGUCAUCAUGGGUCUGAUGAAGUUUCAAACCAGGCUGCUUCAGCUGGGAGAAGAAAGACUGAACUCUGGCCUGCUGGGAGCUAUAGGCCUUGGGAAAAGGUCUCCUGUCUCUAAUAGGUUUAGGGUGGUGGUGCGCAGUCUGGCAGCUUUUCUGUCCAUUCAAGUGGCAUCAGAGAGCGAGCUUCGACUCCAACCCACCAGUGAUUUGCAGCUCUCUGCAAAAGCACAGCAAAUGUUGGGGAUGUUGGAGGCCAUGCCCAGUAAUAAGCAGUACGCUGAGUUAGAGAACUCUGUGAAUAAGGCAGUCCAGUUCAUCCGCUAUCCAGGGCAUUGUCUCAGAGAUGGACCCCGCCUGCUGGCCCUCCUAGCCAACCUUCUAUACCCUGACCUCAGAUACCUACACAUUAUCCGUUGACUGUGAAUUCACCUGCUACAUUGACAGUUCUGGAAAGACAAAAUCCUGCAGGAGCACAAAGUUUUUAAGUGAUGAUGACACUUGUUCUGAAUUGCCUUUUUAUCAUGUCAGCGGGGGGACUUGUGUGACAGAAACUGACUGUACAUUUGUGAGGAAAAAUGCUAAUGUACAAUGAAGGGUCAUAAAAUCAAAGGUUUAAGCAAUCAUACGUGCUAAUCUUUGACAUUUUAGCACUUUACUUUCUUCUCCGAUGUCCAUGCCUUGUUGCUUUCUGCAUAAGUUGCCUGUUGAUUUUCAAUACCAUUGGUUCUGUUCUUGAUUUGAGAGGAUGUUGCAUGUAUUUAUUGAAGCAGAAUUCAGCAGUGGGCUUUCGGUGCAAGUUUCACACCUGCAUGUGGAUUCUAGCAGAAAAAAGAUGAAGGGUCCACAGAUUAUUUAGAGGAUGUUGAAGGACUGAUCUAAUAGACCUAUAAGUUUAGUAGUACCUUCUUAAAAAUAGGGUGUGGGACAUAUCAGGAAUGCUGGUAGUUAGGAUUCAUGGCCUGAUCCAAGUCUUGAUUUUUUUGCCUGCUGAUCCUUACAUAGCCAUGAUCUACAAUCUGAAAUGUUUCAAUCCAAGGUACUGUAUACAGUAUGAAGUAAUGAUGUCUAGUAACAGCACAUUUGCCAGUAUUAUGUUCAUGUCCAGCCAAAAGUGCUUUCCUUGUUCUGCCAAAGAGAUGUUAUUUUUAUCUGCUCAGCUACUUAAACUUUCUUGACCAUGUUCUCCGGUUGUGUCAUCAGCGUCCGUUAAGUGCAAAACUGCAGUCUGGAAAAGCACACUAAGUACUACUUGUCUUCCUUGUAAAAUUGUAUGUGCAUUGUUAUUCAAAUUUAUAAUGGUAUAACAAGGUUUUAAUGCUGUUGAAGCUAGAACAUAACUGGACAGCUUUCUCAUUUUAAUUACUCUUGUUUGCUCACCACUUCUGUUGCCCUGUGCCAUCUCAGUAAUAAUCGAGCUGCACUUCAGCAGCCUGCAGCUCGCCUUAUCGCUGUGUUAUGUGGUGACUGUUAAUGUCAAAAGCGUUUCUUUUUUAUGAGUCAGCGAUCAGGAAUGGGUCUGUAGGGCUGCUGUUGGAUGGAAGCUCUGGAGCCAAGCAGAACAAAGGAGACAUGACUGCUCAAUAAAGGGAACUGAACACCUCA